GAGCUGGUCGCAGCUGAGCAGGUCGCGCCCACACGCACCUACACGAAACCCUCACGAAACACGUAGACAAAAACAAUGCGGCCCAGCAGCUUUCUCAUCUCGGCAGGGCUCCUCAUUGGCAGCGCGGUCGAUGUGCUCGGGGGUGCUGGCCCCGUGAGCGUGAAGGUGACCCUCCGCGGCAAGAAGUACGACGUCCAGGGCGCCACGUGCGUAGAGGAUGUCCAGAAGUCCGUAGAGGAGCAGGCAGGCCUUGCCAAGGAGCAACAGUCGGUCUUGUUCAAGGGGAAUCUCCUGAAGCCGGAGUUGGAGUUGGAAGAGGCGGGCGUUUCCGACGGGGACACGGUCAACAUCGUCCCCAGCAAGAAGCCCAAGACGUCCGUGGCAGCGGCUGAGAAGGCGUUUGCCGUGGGCGCGGGGGGCGACGGGGAAGAAGUAGAGGCGGGAGUUGGGGGGGGGGCGGGCGGAAGCGAUCCCUUCGGCGGGGCUCUCGGGGGCCUGGGCGGCCUUGGGGGGGCGAUGGGCGGGGGAAUGCCUGGGGGCAUGCCGCCCGGCGUGACGCCGGAGAUGUACCAGAAGAUGAUGAAGGAGAUGAUGAACUCAGAUAUGAUGGAGGAAGUGCUGGGCAACCCAGAGAAGAUGGAGCAGGCAAGGCAAGCCAUCCUGGACAACCCGACCCUCAAGCAGGCCAUGACGCAAUUGCCGGGCUUCGCGGACAUGAUCGAUUCUCCGGAGAAAUGGCGGGAGAACAUGGAGAUGGCGUUGGAGAUGUUCAAGGCCCAAAAGGCCAUGAUGCAGCAAGAGGGGGCAGGGGACGAAAUCGACGGUGCCGCGGAUGUCGACGACCUGGAUGACGAGUAGAGACUGGAUCGAGUCAAACGAGGGAUGUAGGAAUGUCUUCUUUCUGUCUCUCAGCCUUUUUUUUGUGUUGUGGUGUUCUUGUGAACGCGGAUGUAGUGAUGAACGACGGUAGUUACAUCCCUCUAAAGACUUUCGGUAUUUGUUGUUUUCUCCGGCAUGGCGAUGAACCCGAGAGCGCAGAACAGUCCCAUUCAUUGUUUCUUUGGUUUCUCUUGCUUGCGUCCUUUUGGCACGCGGAUGGAUGGGGAUGGCGGUGUUGGGUGCCGGACAAGGAGAGAUGUCGUGUCCCAUAGAAUCUCCUUGUUAAUGCUCUCUCUCGUCGUCUCGCUAGGGGACGGUGACGAAGGCGAGUGGCGCUUUCGAAAUCUUGUACGAUAGUACCGCCAGCGUGUGUGUUCGUUGUGGAAGCAAGUAGGGACUUUGACUGACGACGGGUGGGUGGCUGUGACAGCAUGCUCCCCGCGCCUCGUUCAAAGUAGAGGCUCGGGUUGUAAACUGGUGUCUUUUUUUUUUUCGUUUGACGACGCAUGAUGCUCGCGAAGGAGAAGGGUCAAACAGAAAGAAGGCGGUUUUGUUUCCCACACGGCCGUUAAACUUUUUUUUUCGUUGGGCGACACGAGUCUGAAUGGGGGGAGGGACUACGAAAUGUUAAUGUUCCUCCAUCUCUUCUCUUCGUCCCUCCCGCCUU